GAAACCGUAGCUGCAACAGCUGAUUUAUUACAAACAAAAAUAAAGGAAUUUCGAUGGCAUCUGUCGAUUUUAUGAAAGCGCUUCAAUUCGCGGCAUACAAACAUAGUAAACAACGCAGAAAGGAUCCCGACUCCACGCCGUACGUUAACCAUCUUAUAAAUGUUGCCACAAUAUUAGCAGAGGCUGGAAUUAAAGAUGAGGGCGUCCUUAUAGCGGCUAUAUUGCACGAUGUUGUUGAAGACACAGACACAACCAUUCAAGAGGUGGAGCAGCUGUUCGGCACCGAUGUUUCCAGUCUGGUGUUGGAAGUGACCGAUGACAAGAGCCUGGAGAAGAGCGAACGCAAGCGCCUGCAAAUUGUAAAUGCCAGAAAUACAACAAAGCGCGCCAAGCUCAUCAAAUUGGCCGACAAGCUGGACAAUCUGAGGGAUCUACGCAAGACCACGCCUUGUGGUUGGACAGAGGAACGCCGCGAUCAGUACUUCGAAUGGGCCAAACUUGUGGUGGACAACUUGCGCGGGACGAAUGCGAUAAUGGAGGAGAAACUGGACCAGAUUUUCGCUGAGCGAUCUCUUGUAUAAAUAAGGUUAAGGCUGUGACCCAUGACUGAUGCUAGAGCUUUCAAUAUAAUAAUAAUAAUA